UGACUGUUUGGUGUUCGCCCUUCAGAACUUUAUUCGAGAUCAAUCACCGAAAUCGCAAACCCAAACAAAAAAGAUUUUAGGAUUGAACAGUGAUUUUAUGUUAUUUUUGAACGAAAAUGUCUGAAAAGAUACUGCCGAGUGAUAUGAGUGAAAUUUCAAUCGAAAAUAUCGGAGUACAUGAAGAGAUUGAAACCUGCGAAACAAACCAUCAACAACCAACGUCCGAGUCCGAUAAUUCAACACCGGCGGUGAACGGCCACCAAGUUCCAAUUGAUCGAUUAUUCGACCAAUCAUCACCUGACGAACCUUCGAAAGCUACCGAAGGUUACGAAUGCAAUGUGUGCAGUAAACGCUUCGACGAAAGGCGAAAGCUGGCACGCCACAUGGAAAGUCACAGCCAGUGCCGUUUGAAGUGCGAACAGUGCGGAAUAUUUCUGAAAUCCCGUUCCAGCUUAAAUUCGCACCGGCAAAGGCACCAACAAGGCAAACGUUUCGAGUGUGGAGUGUGUCAGAAACGAUUCGCGGGAGCAAAGGAUUUGAAAACACAUCAGAAGGUUCACGACGAGCAGGCAGAGCGAUUCACUUGCGAUCAGUGCGGUAAGGAUUUCGGGAGAAUCUACACACUACUGGACCAUCAGAGGCUGCACAGUGGAAAGGAAGUGUUUAGUUGCAAUAAAUGCGGAAUAGUUUUCCCCAAGCGAAGGAAUCUGCUUCUGCAUGAAAGGUCACAUUUGGUGGAGGAAGACAGAAGUAAAGUUUAGGUAGAUAAAUUAAAACGAUUGAGCUUCAUCAGCGUUGAUGAUGAGUCUGUGAAUAAAAUCAUUGGGAAGUCAUCUAAUUAAUUGCACAACAA